AUGGAGUACAACAAGAGGAGAGAGCAGGAGCUGAGGCAGAAGCACAGUGUGGAGGUCCGACAGCAACCCAAGAGCCUGAAGACAAAGGAGCUGCAGAUCAAGCGUCAGUUCCAGGAGACAUGUAAGAUUCAGACCCGUCAGUACAAGGCUCUGAGGAACCACCUCCUGGAGAGCACUCCCAAAGUCGACCACAAGGCGGUGCUCAAGAGACUCAAAGAGGAGCAGACCCGCAAACUGGCCAUACUCGCAGAGCAAUACGACCACUCUGUCAACGACAUGCUGUCCACUCAGGCGGUCAGCAAGCUACGUUUGGACGAGACUCAGGAGGCCGAGUACCAGGUCCUGAGGAUGCAGCUGCAACAGGAACUGGAACUACUCAACGCUUAUCAAAGCAAAAUCAAGAUUCACACGGACUCCCAGCAUGAGAGGGAGGCCAAGGAGCUGGAGCAAAGAGUGUCCAUAAGGCGAGCCCUGUUGGAACAGAGGAUAGAGGAGGAGAUGCUGUCCCUCCAGAACGAGCGCUCUGAGAGGAUCCGGUCCCUGCUGGAGCGUCAGGCCCAUGAGAUCGAGGCCUUUGACUCGGAGAGCAUGCGUCUGGGCUUCAGUAACAUGGCAUUAGGAGGGAUCCCAGCAGAGGCCUACACUCAAGGCUACACGUCCUCUGGCCCUGCCCCCUCAGGCUCCGCCCCAUGGCCCCGCCCCGUCCCCCGCUCUGGCUCGCACUGGUCCCACAGCGUGUCAUCGUCCUCCACCCCGUCCUGGAGGAGCCACGGGUUCACCCGGGCCGAGAGCGUGGGCUUUGGGCACGAGCAGAGGUGA